AGAGAGAGAGAGAGAGAGAGAGAGAGAGAGAGAGAGAGAGAGAGAGAGAGAGAGAGAGAGAGAGAGAGAGGUGGUUGGAGUGGUCGUUUGGAUUAGAGGGUGGGUUUGGCCAUGACUCCUCUUGAGCUUGGCGUGUCGCUGCUAGAGGCCUCCGCAUCCAUCGGGAUCCGGUUCGUCGAUGGCUGGUGGGCGUUCUUUGCGGCUGUCUGGGCUUGGACGUUUCUGGCCUCUGACGUCGAGGUGCCGCGAUACAUGGCUGGUAUCUCGGCCAUGGCGUCCGCCAUAGCUGUGCUGGCGAUGUGGGGAUUGGGGAUGUCUUCUUCGUCUGCCAUAGCUGGAACUUGCACGUUGUUCUCCCUGCUCACGUUGACAGCUAAGCAUCAUCUUCGACUGCUCCGUCUCGUGCAUGCUGAUCUGUCGCCGCCGCCUUCUGCAACGUCAUCAUCAUCAUCAUCAUCAUCGAGACUCUUCUCGUCGAAUCCGCUCUUGGAUGGGGGACCACCACCGGAAGCUGCAAGCGGUGCCACGUCACUGAUUGCUGUCGGAAAACUGACCACGUGUCAGACUGCCCUGCUGGCGCUCGUAAUCGUUUGCCAGCUGCUGGCUGCAUUGCAAGCGCAAGGCGAGUUCUGGAGCAGAACUACCGGUAGGAGCGCUCCUGGAGAGAUGGUGGAGAUUGGGAGAGGGAGGUGGUUGCACAUGAGGUGCGUUGGGUCGGGUCCACGUGUCGUGAUUCUGGAGUCUGGUCUGCCUUUCUCCUCCACCGUCUGGCAGCCGUUGAUGGACCUCUUCGACAAGAGAUUGACGGAGAGCAAGCAAGGAGGAGGAGGGGGGGGGCGGGAGUUGUUGUCACAGGUGACACUCUGUGCCUACGAUCGGGCUGGGUAUGGAUGGAGCCCUCGGGCUCGGGCCAUCGACGGUCCGGAUCUCAACGGAUCCCGACGACGCCGAUCGCGGUGGGGGUGGUGGUGGUUGGGGUGCUCCUCUCGCACGGGCAAGUCGAUGAGAGAAGACUUGGAGGCGUUGAUUGCCUCGCGGGGAUUCGAACGGCCGAUCUUGAUGGGGUGGUCGUACGGAGGACAGCUGGCAGCUUCGUAUGCGUGCGAGCGUCCCGACCAGGUGUCAGGUCUCGUUCUUGUCGAGUCCGCCGCUCCUUAUGGGUACUUCAACAUCCCGGAUUUCGCGGAGGCGUGGUGGGCGGGCGUAGCGGCCUUUGCAGUCGGUCAGAUCUUGCAGCCGCUGGGGUUGUUCCGCAUCCUGUGGAGAUUGGGCCUCUUUCCCGUCGAAGCGGGUGGUCCCCCCCCCGGGCUCUCUCCGCUUGCUACGUCAGCAAUCGUCUCUCAAAUGAGCUCGUACGAGUUCCCAUCCGUCGCACUGUUGGAGUUGAUCGGGAUGAGACAGACCGAUGCUGACGUGGCAAACUGUUUCGGCCGACCGAAGACCUGGAUCCCGACUCCUCUUGGCGAUGUCCCGGCUCUUGUCGUCUACGCUGAGGACAACCCCCAGGCACCUGCAGAUUUAAGGGAGCGGGAGGAGACGAAGAGGAAGGCGGGAGGAUUCGAAGAGGAAGGCGGGAGGAGACGAAGAGGAAGGCGGGAGUAGAACUCGAUGACAUAAUGAAAGUAGAUGGUGACA